AUGUCGGAUAUCCAGCAAUGCCAGGACCUUACCGCUCAACUUGGGGGUGAAUAUAAGAAUGAGGAUAGAACAACAUUCGUCGACACCACGCCCGAAAAAAUCCUUCAAACUUCAACGAUGGCGCUUUGGGCACAGUCUACUUCUGGCAAAAAACAGGUCAACCUGGGCUUGCCUUCUCUGAAAAGCUGGCUGAAAAAUCUCGCUGCGAAUGGUUCUGGUCGGGCUGAGACAUACCAAGGUGUCAUAUUUAAAUUCGUCAAUCAAGAGCCUAACAGCCGAACGACUACUCCCUUGUCAAGCCUGGAUUAA